CGAUUAUGUUCGCUCCAACACUCCGUCGCACGACACUAUAACAAGUGAUCAGUCGGGAUAACGUGCCACAAACGUACAUAGGACUCGAGAUGUGGGUGCUAGUGUUGACAGGCGUGGUGGCGCUGGCGGCGGCGGCGCCACAGAAGCCGGGCGGCGACCAGGUCGUGGCCAUCAUCAAACAGGACUUCGACCAACAAGUCGAUGGCUCCUACAGAUACAGCUUCGAAGCAGAGAACGGCAUCAAGGCCGAAGAGACGGGGACCCUGAAGAAGGCCAGUGGACCCGACGCGAGUGACGUCAUCAUCGCGCAGGGAGCCUACAGCUACACCGCCCCCGACGGCACUCAGAUCAGCCUCAACUACAUCGCUGAUGACGAGGGAGGGUUCAAGCCUGAGGGAGCGCAUCUACCGACCCCUCCCCCGAUCCCGCCCGCAAUACAGAAGGCUUUGGACUACCUAGCGACGCUCCCUCCGCCCAGGAACUAGAAUACUCACGACACACGACCCACCACCAGACUGACUGCCGCUACCCAGGACCUGCCCGAAGUAACACAACAUCGUCCAGUAAACAGCACCCCUACCUAGCCUCACUCCAUAUCAUGCUGUUUACACGGUGUCAAAUAAACUUUUGUACAAAAUACGCAACGAGAAAAUCAAAUAAAAAUGAAUGAACUGUGAUAGUGACGAUGAAGACGAAGAAAAUGUUUGUACAUUAUUUAUUAUUUAUUGUAAUAAAGCAAACCAGUGCGCCAAAGAUGCAUUGCA